GCUGGGGGCUGGGGGCUGGGGGCUGCCGGGGGGGCGGGAGCGGGCGGAGAGGCCUCUGAGAACGAACGGGACCGGGAUCCCGAGUCACAGAGUCACAGAGUGAGGUUGGGAGAGACCUCGGCAUCACCGAGCCCAGCCUCUGACACUCACAGCCCCCACUGAUCCGAAUCCCUGAGCUCUGCAUCGAAACCUAGUCAGAGCGGGGAAGCCGGCGGGCUCGGUUAACCACCCGCUGCCUCCUUUCCUUUCUUUCCUUUUUCCUUUUUCCUCUCCUUUCCUCACACGGAGUGCUGAGCCCUGGCCCCGUAACCGUGCAGGGAACCCAGCAGGCGCGGGGCAACCACCGAUGCCUGGCGAAGUUGUGUUCGACGUGGGCAACGAGAAGGAGCCCCGGAAAAUAGUGUCUGGCCCACGAGAAGUCAGAGAAAAACAAACCGGGAAGUUCCUAAAGGGCAGGGGGCUGUGGUGCUCAAACACAGGCGUCCUAAAUGCUGCCAAGGUCCGGAGCACCCGGCACAAGUGAGGGCUGAGUCCCGAGCUCAUCCCCCCGGGGACCUCCUGGGCGCUGGCGCUGGGCAGUGGUCGGGGACAGGUCCAGAGGAAUCCUAACCCUUCCCUGUCGCACCUGUAGGAACAGCUAGAUUUUUUUAUGAUUAUUAUAUUUUUUCUCACGCUCACAGUUCUGGAAGUGUUCUUGUGCACUCAGCAUCACUUGGUUCCUGACUUCCAAGACUCGAGUGCUGCACUUCUCUCUUAGAAAGAGCUGCGAGUUUGGAAUAAUAUUACAAAGUGUGAUGUGUUUUUGGAGGGAGAAGUUAAUAAAUAGCGUUGCCAGAGGAGGUUUAGGGCUCGCUGUUCAGCUUUCCGUUCAGGGGCUUGUUUUGCUGAUGGCUGUCUGCACGCAGUCCAUCACUGAGGAAAGAGUGGGACACUUCUCUUGAAUUCUUCAUUCAAGAAAGACCCUCUUGUAGAGCCUUCCAACGAUUUCAGAGAACUGCAGUUGAAGGAAAUUAAAAAAAUCAUUUACGGGCUUCAGUGCUGUUGGAGUCACUGUUGUGCUGUGUGGCCCAGCACACAGUUGCACAGACUGGCGUUUGUAGUCGCUAAAUGAACGUUGUAAAGAGUUAGUGGAUUGACUUUAAAGUCAGUCUUUCAUAGGACUGGCUACCAGCGUAACCCUAUUGUGGAGAAAAAUGCUGUAGUUCACUGCCAUAACCAUGGUAUGCUGAAUGUAGUUGGGAAUAAAUAGAGACGCUGUUGUCUGGUAGGCUGGCUGCAGGACUGGGAGCUUUUGAGUUCUGCUCCUUUUAUGACCUUGACCAAGUCACUGGAGUCACCGAGGUUUGUUUUAUUCUCUCCUGGCAGAGAGCAGGGGUGGUUCCCCCACGCUUAGCCCUAAGUGCUGGGGUCAGAGAGAGUCUUGGAGAUUAAAGCACUUGGAAAAUCAAAGUGAUGUUGUGCAAUAAGCAGGAACUGCUUUGCUGUUGCUUUUAUAGGUUCUGCUCGUGAAACGGGAUCCACAUGGGCAAGUCUUUGUGUCUGCACAAGGUGCUGUUGAGCAGCUUUCAGCAAAUACUUGUUCCCAUGUAUAAAGAUGUCCUUAGUGGACCUAGGGAAGAGGUUGCUAGAAGCAGCUCGCAAAGGCGAAGAUGACGAAGUGCGAACGUUGAUGGCAAAUGGUGCUCCUUUCACCACUGACUGGCUUGGGACGUCGCCUCUUCACCUUGCUGCCCAGUACGGCCACUAUUCAACAGCAGAGGUGCUACUUCGAGCUGGUGUUAGCAGAGAUGCCCGAACAAAAGUGGACCGGACUCCACUACACAUGGCUGCAGCUGAUGGACACACUCAUAUUGUAGAAUUGUUAAUUAGGAAUGGAGCUGAUGUAAAUGCCAAGGACAUGCUGAAAAUGACUGCUUUACACUGGGCGACAGAGCAUAACCACCGAGACGUUGUAGAGUUGCUCAUCAAAUAUGGAGCUGAUGUCCACGCUUUCAGCAAGUUUGAUAAGUCAGCUUUUGAUAUUGCUUUGGACAAGAACAAUCCAGAGACUCUGGUAAUACUACAGGAAGCGAUGCAGAACCAGGUGAACACGCAUCCAGAGAGAGCACAUCCUGUCACAAACACCCUGACUGUCACCUCACCAUUUAUUCUUGCACCAGGGGAAGUUCUCAAUCUUGCUAGUCUCGUCUCGUCAGCAAAUGCCAAAACAACCUCAGCAGGUGACUCACACGUAUCCACGGUGCAGUUUUCCAAUUCAACAACCUCUGUGCUCGCCACGCUUGCAGCCCUUGCUGAAGCAUCAGCACCUCUUUCCAACUCAAACAGAGCUACAGGUAAUACAGAGGAAAUAGUGGAAGCAAGUUCUGUUGAUUCUGCCAUACAGCAAGUGGUGGGUAGCGGAGGGCAGCGCGUCAUCACCAUUGUAACCGACGGAGUUCCCCUGGGCACCCUGCAGACAGCCGUCCCCACCAGCAGCCUCAGCCAGCCGUUCAUCGUCACCAUGGAAGAUGGACAGCAAGUUUUAACUGUACCUGCUGGUCAGGUUGCAGAAGAGACUAUUAUUGAAGAUGGAGAUGACGCAGAAGAGGAGGAAGAGCCACUGGCCAAGAAGCAAAAAGUGGAACAAAAUGUAAAUGACUUGGAGGAAAGCAAGGACAAUGAUGAAAGGGAAGUGCUGCAGCAGCAGCUGCAAGAGGCAAACCGGAAAGCUCAGGAAUAUCGCAGCCAGCUCAUAAAGAAAGAGCAGGAAGCGGAGCAGUAUCGGCUGAAGCUAGCAGCCAUGGUGAGGCAGCAGCCCAACGGAGCAGAGGUAGCAGUGCUCGAAGAGGUCGCCGAGGUAGACACAGUUGUGGUAACCUCGGAAGACAUUGAGGGGUCUGCGUUGUCCAUGAUGGAAAUGGAUCAGCCGACUGAUAUCACUGUGGAAACUGUAACCUCCUAAUCCUGGGUUAUUGACUUGGUUUUGUAAAGGAAAAUAACUUUUUUUUUUUAAUAUGGUGCUGUUGGCAAACAUCGUUGCGAGCAGAGGGCUGUUGGCAGAGCCACUGCACAACUGGAAAAUGAUGCGAUGGGGCUGCCUGAAUGGUCCCGUCACCAGGGAUAGAAACUUCUACAGCAGCUCACAACAUAACUCUGCUUUCAGCACAGUGCCAAAAGGUGCUUUUAAAGCUUGACCUUGAAAGAUUGAAAGCUUUUGCAAAUUUUAGCCAGCAAGUGACCUGAAGGCUUAUUUUGUGAUGUUAAUACCUGCAUUGUUGGGAGUGGAAAAGAAAUACCUCAUUGCCAAAGUAGCUGGUAUUAGCUCUCAGCUGCCUGGCAGUUGCAGCUCUGAGAACAGACUUUAUGCAAUAACCCGAGGUGUUCGCUCCCUUCUCUGAAGUUGAGUGACCAGAUCUGGACCUUCAGAUAAAAAAAAAAAAACAAAAACCAAAACCAAAAAAACAAUUUCUUGGAGUGAUACAUUUUUAUUUACAGUCUUCUGAGGUGCAGGAGUGGAUUUCCCCACUUUAGCUAGGAAAUGAAUUGGCAUUGAACAAUUAUAUGUUUUGUUCCAAAAGUCUGCGUUUAGUUCACAUUGAGGCAAUCUUCAAUGCAAGAGCAAAGGCCAGGCUGACUGUGUGUCUGCUGGAGCGUUUCAGGAUAGCAGGGGAUAUUACAUUUUGCCUUCUUUGGACUGUGGAAAAGUUCGGUGGAGCUUCAACCACCCAAAGGGAUCACAGAAAAAUCCUCAUCAAUUUUAUGAAAUUUAGUCAACUGUUCUAUUUGACACUUCUGUGCUGAAGAGUAGCGCUGACUGAUUAUAGAUGCAAAACUAUACACUCAGCUCUUGCUGUAAGACAGCUUGGGAGCCAGUUUGUCUCUGGAGAUACAUAUGUCACUUUUUUACUAAACAGUUUUUAUUUUUAAAGAUGCUAAAACCUUUUCUAACAAGCAGCUGAUCUUGUUACUGAAAUGUUCAUAUUUUUUUACUCUGCAGGCCUGUUUAUUAAAGAGAAUAGCUAAAUGCUUUCCUCUUCGCAGGCUUGUGGAUUAUGUGUUUCAAGACAGUGUGGAAAUUGAUUGGAAGAGAUCUGAAUAAUCGCAUGGCAAUUGAUAAUGGAAGCUUUUUCUCCCUCAGCAGUCACGAGCAAAAGAAGUGAAGUUCAGAAAAAUACCACAUGCACGCUGCUCUCUUGGCUGCAGAAGGUUGUAAAGGCUAGGAGCGACUUCCAGCUCCGAGGCCCUAGCAGCUGGCCUGCUUUCUGAAAAUGCCUUCUCGCAAGAUAAAAAUUCAUAGCUGUCUCGGCCCAGGGUUUAUUGGUUUGGGUGUUUGUUUCUUUUAAUUUCCAUGUCCUCGUUUUGUAACCGUUGGCAGUAUUUGAGGUAAUCAUUCAAUUUCAUGGUCCUUGCAUUGCUUUUUGUUCCCCAUUACUUCCAAGCGUGUCCAGAUAACUGUUUUCUGUUGGUUCAGACACUGCCAAUGUUCACAUUUCUUUGCUGAUAGCUCAACCCGUAUCAGAACGUUUGAGAUGUAACAGAAACCGAAGAGUUCAUAAAGGCAUGAACUUACGGUCACGGGCCACAUUUGUCACCAUAAAAAAAAAAAGCUUUGCAUCAUAAAAUCACUCUCCAGGGCAGCGUGCUCCUGCCGCAGAGCACUCAGCUCUCGGUGGUGGCGGUGCCUCGGGGGUCAGCUCGUGGCUGAAGUGUCGUGGCCUUGUUUGUGCUGGACCCCGUGCAGGCAACAAACGGUUUGUGAAGCUUUGCCGUGCUUUAACAGCUGGCGUUCACCCCGUCCCACGCAGAAACUCUUGUGCUGAGGCACUUGAGAAGAGCUUCAUUCCUGGAGUGCUCGUGUCCAGCACCCUGCAAUUUAUUUGAGCUUUGGCCUCAAAGGGAGGUCAGGUCUGCCAAAAUCUUGUAUCCGGCAAUGUUUGGCAGUGUUUAACCACUCGGGUUCAGUGACAGGUUUUAGGAGAGAAAGGUUUAUGAUACUGUUACUGUAAAGGCUUCAUGAGACUUGCUGGGUUUUGAGAAUCUAAGUGCAUUUAUUUAUAACCAGUGUAGCUAUAUUUAUAACUAAGACUUUUUAUCUUUUUCCAAGAGAUGUUUUGAAGAAGGCUUUAAUAAUUAUUUUGUAAGAAUGAAUGUUUGCAGAGACUUGGUUCCUGGCUGUUGACUUACACUCUGGGAAGUCAGUAUUUCCUCGCUGACUUCAAGCUUGUAUUAAGUUAUUUUAUUUUGUUCCCCAGAAUGUCCAAAAUUUGGGUGCAUUUGAUGAGCUGAAAAGUCUGUGUUGGAGGGUUCAAGACGGUAUCAAAGUAAAUCCAGACAGAUUCUUCUAAUAUGUUGUUCCCAGAAACAUUACUGGAUGUAAAGGGACACUGUCAACUUUGGCUUCUCCCUUUUGCCUGAAGUUAGUCUAAUUAUUUGUAAAUUUGAAGAGCUCUACAGCUGAAGGCAGCUGUAGUACAAAUGCUGUGUUGUGCCUUUGACAGCACUUUGAUUCUCAUGUAUUUCCAUGCUUCCCCUGAAAAGGGCCAGUUUUGCCAAAAAGUCCCUUCAGCUGGGAAACAAACUUCCCCUUCAGAAGAGAAGAAAAAAAGUCUGUGGCAUUCACGGUAAUUGGAUUUCAUUUAUAGAAUUGGAACAAAUAAAGCUGACAGUGUUCUUAAUGCUUCGCCUUGUGGGGGGAAUCGCACGUUCAUUUUAUUUUUAGAAGGCCUCGCACACGGGGCCUGAACAAAGACCGAGGAGUAUUUGAUCUAUGCCCAGCAUUUAGAAAGAAUUUAAACUUGUCUGUAUCCUCUGCUGUUCCACAGAAAGGAUUGGAGUUUUUUAGGCAGAGAACAGCAGUUUUCUUGUCAGACGUGGCCGUGUGGGUCUGUUGUUACUGGCGAGAUUAAGUGGCAGCUUCUGAGCGGGUAAAUAACCUCUCCUCUUGCACCCUCCCACUGAAGCCGGGGCUGGACUUCGCCGUGUCAGGGCUUUUGUUGCCCACGCCAUCCGAGUCCAGGCACUUCACAGCAGGCUGUGGAUGGGCGAGCACAGGAGUCGAUGAGGUUAAAGGCUAAGCAAGCCCCUUGCUCUUUGAGACUGCUAUCAGCGUGCAGCACCGAGAUCCUGCUGCCCACGCUUCCAGCCCAGCUUCCCGGCCUCUGCGAGCUGGGGAUUGCAGCUCAGCUGCGUGCUUGGGCAGGCAGGAAAGUCCCAGAUGAUUUCCUGGAGAUGCUGAUGCAGAAGCUGUGGUCUGAACUGAAUUCUUUCCCCUUUUCACUUGGCUGAAAAGGUCAGUGCGAUUUCUGUCCCACCGCCAACCCGAGGGCAGCGAGGGCACGUGCAGCAGCCCCGCUCUGGCACCCUCGGGCCCCUUGCAGAGCCCAGGCUCCCUCUGCUUCGGGGUUCUCCCCCUCCCUCCCCCCAGGUCCCGAUCCAGGACUGCUCCCUGGGACACAUUUCAGUCAUGUCUAAGACUAGCGUGCCUUGUUUGUGCCUUGUUUCUCCUGUUUGAAGAGGUGAUUUGGUGCUAAUUGAACUGUUUUCAUUUUGAUUAGAAAUCUAUUUCCCUCUUUUUGCAGUAGCCAGCUAUAAACAGUUCCCAUUACCCAAAAUCGGAAGCAGGGCGUAGCAAAUCCUGUGGGGAUGAGCAAGGGAGGAGGUCACAGAAACGGGAGCUCAGUCUUCCGCAGCUGACUGUGCAGGGAUUUGUUCAGGCUGAAUAAACGAACCCCAGGCCCGAGGGAGGCUGCGUGUGGAGACGUCCUCCAGGGCUUUCAGCUGGGGUUCCCCAUCCCGCUGGUGGGAGCCCCCGAGCCUGCUGCCUGCCUGUGGCUUGGUGCUCCCCAGCUCUGCCCAGUCCCUAUUUCUGUACCCUCACAUCCAUCAGACACUUCCCCUGUACCAGGUGCAGCACCCAGCUGGGUAUUUAUUGCAAAUUGUGUUUGCUGCUUCCCUGCUGCGGGUUGCUUAAGGACCCCGCUAGUAGCCAAGGAACAAAGUGCCCUGCGCUGCCCCGCGUUCCCCAUAGCUUAAUGUCCAGGCUCCUGGUGUGAAAGCUCCAGCUUUCCUGUUUGUAUUUCGGGUAAACGUUUGGAAAUGUGGAAAUUUAAACAUUUAUACGUUUUUGUACUGUUUCUUAAUAAAAUACCACAUCCUCAGUGA